CGGCUUAAUCCUCAAACAGGAUACCCCCAGGUCACACACGAUGUAAAAGCUGCUUCAGGAUGUGUGUCUAAAUAUGGGAAUGAAGGUAAAUAUGCUUAUGAAGACAUAUAUUUCCAAGAACUGGAUGAUCCAACUGAUUUAAUCAGUCACCACUGCAGCGUACUUGCUCUUUCUUUCCAUGGAAAAUUGUUAAAUCUUCUUCCGACACGGACUACAGCAUGGAGGCGAAGCAUCGUGCGGUCCAGUUGUCGGUGCGUCCGUCCAGAGGACUGGUGGACGAGAAGUUUGUCAUCACGGUCCAGAAUGCGCCCCCUGGCGUCCGGCUCACCGUCCACGCCUUCCACCGCUGCGAGGACGGAUACGGCUGGGAGUCGUUCGCUCACUACAUGUCUGAUACCGGCGGCGCCAUUGAUGGUACGCAAUCCCCAAAAAACACGCCUUGGACAUGUCCUGGAACGCCGUCUUUGUCUUUGUAGUGUCCCGGGAUGCCAGCUUGGGGGGGACGUACUCCGGGGUGGAACAAAUGGGUCUCAUGUGGAGCCUCAGACCAGUUCCGGGCAGCGAACCCGGACUCAGGUUGAGGAAGAAGAACGUGCAGACCCCCAUGGAGUUCACCAUCUCAGUUCAUGGGGGUUACAUCACUGAGGGCUUCAUGGACCGCGUGGCGCUGGCCUCUCAUGCAGUGGAGCGCUGGUACAUGGCGCCCGGCGUCCGCAGGAUCCCCGUCACUAAAGACCAACUUUCCGCGACCCUCUUCCUGCCUUCAGGACCCGGACCUUUCCCGGGUAUCCUGGACCUGUGGGGGGGUGGAGGACAACUGCUGGAGUAUCGUGCGGCGCUGCUCGCCUCCCACGGCUUUGCUUCACUGGCUCUUGACUACCUGACCCCUAAAAUCGUCCAGGAGACGGACAAGAUCGUGAACGAGUCUUACAUUGAGAAUGCCUUCGGGGUCCUGCAGCAGCACCCGCAGGUCCUCGCCGACCGCGUCGCUAUGUUGGGACUCUCCUUCGGGUGCAGCAUCACGCUCAAGAUGGCGGCUUAUUCUGACGUCGUGAAGCCCACGUGUGCAGUGUGCAUCAACGGUUGUCACGUGCAGGACGUCAACAGGAAGCAGGAGGAAAUUAUUGCUUUCUUUCGUCAGCACAAGGACAAGAUUCAAGUCAAUGAGAAGAACCAGAGAAUCAUGAAAACUAUGUUGCUGCCAAUCACCGCUGACCCCGCCUUCAAAGUGGACAUGGGACGUGUUCGGUGUCCUCUGCUGCUGGUGGUCGGUGAGGACGAUCAGAACUGGCCCGCGUCGGAGUCCGCUCAAGACAUGAAGGAGAUGAUGGAGCGGGCGGGAAACAGCCACCUGCUGACCAUCCUGUCUUAUCCCGACGCCGGUCACCUGAUUGAGCCUCCGUAUUCGCCGCACAGCCAUGCCAGCUAUUUCCACUCUGUCGGCGCCAUACGGACGGUCACAAGUCUGUGGGGAGGAGAAUGCGUGGCCCACGCGGUCGCUCAGCAAGAUUCCUGGAAGAAGAUGCUGUCCUUCUUGCACCAACAUCUGUACGCCGCUGACUAGUGCCCCCCCGCCCCCCCCAAGUGUGGCCCCACUCACAGCUGAGUCACAUAUCAAACAAUACCAUGCUGGUGUGAAAUAAA